UGCUUUAGAUACUUUGUUGGUUCUACAACGACGCGUCUCUUUGAACGGUGGUUUCAUCUUAGUGAUGUUGUGCGGGAUCUGCCACCUCUCAUUAGAGGCUUCUUCUCAUCAGAAGAGUGCAGAACAGAGACUCCUGGUCCAAAAAGUUUUCUGAUCAACGCUCCAUUUGAACCUGUUCCUGUCGAUUUAGCAAAACCUAUGAAUCUACUCGAAUACAUUGAGAAUCAUAAGGAUGCACUGCGGAGCGGUCCAGUACAAAUAUAUGGCCCUCCGGCGUAUUCAACAGAUGUCCUGUUGUACGGUGAGGGAAAAUACUCGCUGGAUUCACAGGACUACGAGCUUCUCAUCUGGACUAUGGCAAAGUCGCUGAGUGUUCUUGAAACAUCUGAUGAAGGACGUCCACUGGAAGCCAUGAGCAUGACUCGUUGUCCUCCUCAGACGAAAUGCUAUCCGCACGUCAGUUUGGAGCCCACUGGUUAG